ACGACAGAUUAUUACUCCAUCAUACAUUUAAUCUGUAUGUGAGAGUUCUCCACUCAUUCACGCACUUGAUCAACUUGCAAAAUUCCCAUUUCCUUCAAACACUCUUUUCCUCGUGCGCGACUGGCAAAUUGAAUCCUUUGAUCGUACCGCCGAGCAAACUGAAAUUAGCUUUAACUGAACUCCGAGAAAAAAUUCAGCCAGAAAACCACACGCUUGCGAUUCCAACAGCAAAAUUGGAUUAUUAUUAUUCAGACGAUUUGAUUUCCUGUUCACGCAGCACUAUCGCGAUGACCUUAACCCUUCGAAUUCCUCUUUUGACUACCACUCAAAAAUAUUCACUAUACUCUCUUCAAGCGGUUCCAUUUUCUUCUGAUGGUAAAAUCUGUAAAAUUGAAGUGCCCUCGCACGUCGCAAUUUCAUCUCAAACUUCUGCUCACUCUGCAAUUCGGACCUUCCAACCAAAAAAAUCUCUUGGCCUUUUAAAUGACAUUAAUUUACCAACAACUGAACAAAGAUGCAUUGCUGCCCUUCUUUCUCCCACUGCAACCCUCAAUGAUCUACGAAAUUAUUGUCCUUUUCAGUGUUUCUCCACAAAUCAAAUUAGCAUUCUGCACAUUGACGAGAGGAACUUUAUCAUUACAAAUGCAGCGAAUUUGACGGCCCAUUGUGGCACCGCGCGUCACUCCCUAGCCACACAAGCAACCACGGUAGGGGCCCUUCAAGUGCAUCUCCCUUGUAAUUGCUCUCUUUACGCCAAUACUGACAAAAUUAUUGAGACAAAAUUCCCCUGCCUUCGGCCUGACACAAAACCGGCAUCUAUUCGUUUUGUUCCUCACGCGUGGACUCAUCUUCCUUCUACAAUCUAUAUUUCUCAAAUUUCAAAAAUUCCAAAUCUUACAGCUAUACUUUCGGAAGAUUGGAACAAAUUUUUGCCUAACGAACCACAUCUGCAGAAUGCGACGGUCACCGUUUUUGAUUGGUCUUUUGUACAAAUUGUCUCAAAUUAUAUUGGCCUGUUUCAUUGGGUAACUUUUGCCCUCCUCGCGUGGAUCAUUGUACGCACGCCAAGCCUACUUUGGGGCCUCCAAAAUGCAAAUCGGACACCAAAAUCAUCGCGCCGCAGGCACCGAAUUUACCAACGACGGCCACUACCCGCGAUACCGCGCUCGCAGCAAAAUGACUCCUCUGCGGAACCCCCUGAUGCACCACCACCUCCGUAAUUAUUUCACGCGGCGGUGUCAUACGAUUCAUUUCAUUAUCCACUUUUCCUCACGGCAGUUCUUCUUCAUUACUCCUUCGGUCGCGCGUGAGUUCAUCGCAAGUUUAAAAUUAUUAAUUUUUAAUUAUUUAAAUACUUUUUGGCUCUUCAUUAUUCUCCUUCCUUCAAUAACGCAUUUUUUUUGUAUUAUUAUUAUUUAUUCUUCUCGGUCAAUACAAAAAUUUCAAAUUGGGUUCUUAUUCUUUAAUUUUUUUUUCUCUCUCUCUCUCUCUCCUUCACGGCCCUAAAUCAAUUUUUUUAUUUUUCCUCCAGCUUGCGAUGGCCACACGACACAAUUCUGUCACAAACCACGUUCUAAGACCCCGGACGGCCGUGUCCAGAACACCGCUGGCACUGCUCCGCCGUCUGCUGUCCAUUCAGAAAGGACUUUUGAGUAUCGCGACUCGCCAUAUUCGCGAUCAUGAGUUUCUUUUUGCUCGACGAGAAUUAGCCUCAUGGACUGAUAUAGCAGUUCACAUCUUUCAACUCUUCAAAGAAAUGGACGGCCAACCAUUUCCUUCUUGUAUUUUUCUGGUACGCCCUUUUAAUCGAACUUCUCAAUCUUCUCAACAAGCCCUUCGUGGAUUUCUUCGCGCGAUGCGUCACAAUAUAAAAAUCGCUAUCAAUCUUUGCCACGCCGCAUCUUAUGAUCAUCGCUCGCCGUUUUCGCCGCCGCGUCUCCUGAUGGAGCGUUUUUACACGACACGACUGGCCCUGUGUGAUCGGCUACCUCAGGAGUAAAAUCACAAGCCGAGUUUCAUAGGUUUCGCUUUUAUUGCACAUUUUUUUUUUUUUUUUUACAUUAUAUGGCAUUGUAAAUUUUUCUUUCACUUCCAAUGUUUGCACUUCACCUGAAUUUGUUUUUCAUUCCAAUUUUACUUUUCUCAUUGACUAUGCGCAAUAAAUUUUUUUUUUU